AUGGCAUUGAGAUAUCUUUAUAUGGCAUUGAGAUACCCUUGUAUGGUGUUGAGAUACUCUUACUUCAUCAAAGAUGACCAUUAUCGAAUACCUGCAAACGUGGAAUACUUACAACUGUUCAUCUUACUGGCAGCUCUAUCUGGUCUUAGGAUGUGUAGCAAAUUUGAAACUGAUCCUGAACUCAAUGACAUCAUCAGAAAAUUAUGGGAUGUUGAUGAAGGCAGUUUGACACCUGGUGAGGACUAUGCCAUCGACCUGCAGGGUAAAACUCGAGUGCAUUUAGACGGCAGGCAGGAUAAAGCUGAUGAACCACUAUUUUCAUUUGUCAAAGACAAUGUCUUCCAAAGAGAAACAUAUAAAUCAUUCUUGGCACUGCUUGAUAAUUAUGAACAAGAGACUGGCCUAGCAGAGGAAGUCACACCGGAAGAGUUCAAAGAGAAUUGGAAGUUCAUCAAUGCUAUAAUGAAGACCAAUGUGAUGCAACUAGCUCAUAAAAUAUUAGUUUCUAAAGACAAGGCAGUAGAUGAUGUCGGAGCAUUUAAAGAACAACUUUAUGAAAUGUGGUUUCAUCUUUAUCGAAGAACCAGGGGAGUCAGGAAUUUUGACUCUUCUGGAUUCGAACAUGUGUUUGUUGGUGAGACCCGUGGUGGUACAGACGAUGUGAUGGGAUUUCAUAACUGGAUUCAGUUUUAUCUUCAAGAACGCCGUGGAAACAUUGAUUACAAAGGAUGGAUACCACCACGAGGAAGAAAAUCCAAGAAACCAAUAGAUAACCCAAGAUUGAUCAGCAUUCAGUUCAGCUGGAAACAAGAUGUAAAAGCUGUUGGCAGUACAUUCAUUGGUACAAGUCCAGAAUUUGAAAUGGCGCUGUACACAGUGUGUUUCUUGCUAGGUAAAGAUAACAACCACUUUGAGCUUGGAGACUACCAGUUUGAAAUCGUUGUUCAUCGCUGGG